CGGGCAGCGCCGCCAUGGCGCUGGAAGUGGAGCCGUCCGCGGCUCCCCUCAGCUCCUUCCUGAGGGACUUCCCGGCGCCGCUGGGCCCGGGGGAGCCGCUGCCGUGGAGCUCCGCGGGGAGCGGCGCCCUGAGCAGGGCCGAGGUGCCGGGCGCGCUGGCCGAGCGGGCGAGGAGCCUCCUGGGCAGCAGAGAUGUUUCACCACUUCUUGCAGCAUCAUUGAUCCAUGCUGCAGUUGAUGAAGUUCUCCAAAAAGACUUGACUGAAUUUAAGCUGCAAAAUGUGGAAACAGAGGGAGAAGGAGAUGAGGAAAGGUUCACCUUGCUGGAUGGGGAGUCGCUGCAGCGCUGCUUUUUUAACAAGCUGCGGGACGUGUGCUGCGAGUGGCAGAAGCAGCUGCCGCCGCUGCGGCCCCUGGCGCGUUUCCUGCUCGUGUCCAUCCACGCCAUCCGCAACGCACGCCGCAAGAUGGAGGAUCGCCACGUGCUGCUGCCCGAGUUCAAUCAGCUCUUCGGCCUCUCAGAUGAUGUUGAUCGUGCUUACUUUGCGGUGUUCGAUGGCCAUGGUGGAGUGGAUGCUGCCAAUUACUCAGCAACACACUUACAUGUCAACGUUGGGUUACAUGAAGAGAUUGUUAAGAAUCCAGGUGAAGCCUUGAAAUGCUCUUUCCAGAAGACAGAUGAAAUGUUUCUUUUCAGAGCCAAAAGAGAGAAGCUGCGGAGUGGCACAACAGGAGUGUCUGCAUUGAUUGUAGGGAACAAACUGCACAUAGCAUGGCUGGGGGACUCUCAGGUGAUGCUGGUGCAGCAAGGGAAAGCUGUGACAUUAAUGGAACCUCACAAACCAGAAAGAGAAGAUGAGAGAGCAAGGAUUGAGACUCUGGGUGGCUGUGUAACCUACAUGGACUGCUGGCGGGUUAAUGGUACCUUGGCUGUUUCCAGAGCAAUUGGUGACAUCUGCCAGAAGCCCUAUGUCUCUGGUGAUGCAGAUGGAGAUUCCUUUGAGCUGACUGGCUCAGAAGAUUACCUACUCCUUGCCUGUGAUGGAUUCUUUGAUGCCAUCAAGCCCCAUGAGGUUGUAGACUUGGUGCUGGAUCAUUUGAUGCAGACCAAAGGAGUGGGGCUCAAAGCAGCAGAGAGACUGGUGGCUGCUGCCAAGGAGAAUGGAUCCAGUGACAACAUCACUGUGCUGGUGGUCUUCUUGAGGGAUCCCCAGGACAUCCUGGCAGACUGUGUCAGAGACUCUAAGAGCCCUGGGGUUGAUGAUGGUGCUCAGGGCUCACCCUUUACCUUCCUCAGCUGUGAGGCAGCAGCCGCACAGUGACAGAAUCUGUUUAGUCCAGAAGGUUCAAGUAAGUUCAUGUAAGGAACUGCUUUCCAGUGAAGAAGCCUCUAAUGCAGAGGGCACGAUGUAUCAGGAAAAAAGACAAAUGGACAAAUGUGGAACAGAAAGGCAAGACCCCUUUUACUGAGUUCCCAUUUGUCUUUCCCUUCUCCCUUUUCUCCUCCCUCCCCUCAAAAAACACUGAGCGGACGUGGAGAUUUGUACAGCUGUUUCAUCUCUGGGAGCAGGCACUGAAGUGUGUCCCAGGGCUGUUGGUCAUAGCCCUCUGUCCUGGAAGGGUAAGAAACCAUAGUAGGUAUAAGCUAAUGGAUGAGAAUAUGCAUUUCAUGAAUUCUGGGUGAAAAUUUGAAUUAGUGCUUUGAAAGAGUACUGUAUGUUGUACUUAACUGUGAUGUUACUUUGGAAGGUGGAGGGGAGAAGCUGUCCCCACCACAGAAAAGCUUUUUCCUGUCUGUGUUCUGUAGGAACAGACUUGGGGUGCAGGGACUGGUUGACACCAGUGUGCUGUGUAAGGUGCUUUUGGUUUGUACCAAAGAUAGUACAAGAAUGAUGUGGCCUCUUUAUUCAAACAGAAACAUUUAACAUUUGUGUGCAAGGAGAGGAGAAAAUAAAACUGGAUGCUCCAGAAAAGCAGAACUAGUUAGAACUAUCCCAGGGGAAAAUGAUAGAAAAUCAACUGCUUUCUGGGAUGCUCUGGUUUAUAAACUGGAAUCUGAUAUUUAGCUGCACUGAAUUAUUUCUCCCUAACAAAUAUGAUUAUUGGCUAUUUGGCAACCUGAAGAGACCCCUCUUGUGAUAUUUGAGAGAGAGCUUUGCAGUUUGUGUGCUCAAGCAGGUAAAUGUCCUCUUCCUGCCACUAUUUUGUGUACUAUAACAAAGGAUGAAUUUAUUUUUCUUCUAAGUGUUUAUUUGUUAAUUUUCUGAACUCUACAUUUGAGGAAUGUUUUGCAGUGUUACUUUACUUUGUUGUGGUUUUUAUUUAAACUGGAAUUUUCAAGUGGCUCUGUCUUUAUUACCUGGUGUAAAAAAACUGACUACCCUCAAGUGCCUUAAAUAUUUCACCCAAGGAUUUCUGGCUGCCUAUCAUGGUCUGGGGAGCCAGUUCCUAAUUUUUCAAAUGUGACUUUUUGUUUUCAUUGAUGCACUUAAAUGUUUCAGUUUGUGAAUUAUUUUUGUGGUAACUAGGUUUCAAGAAAGCAUCUUUCAUUGUUGCCAAAUCUUGUGGUUUGUAGUAAAAGCUUCACUGUGACUUACUCCCUGCCCUGUGCAGAAUGCUCUAGAGGUUUAAUCAUAAAGUAACAAUCUGAGUAAUAAUUUCAUGUAAAAAGUAACUUCUGGCCUUCACAAAAAAAUUAGUAGCACAAACUAGAAACAAUUCAGUAACAAUUUUUUUCCUCAUGGAGGUUAAUUUGGUCACGCUUCAUGAACCUUUUGGGUCAGAAUAACUUUCUAAGAACUGUGAAGCUCAGAGGAUGAAAGAAGUGUAAUGAAUAUGUGAGGGUGUUUGCACAACUGCUCCAUUCAUGACGUGCUAGAGCCUGUGGUUGUGUUUUGUCUUGCCUGGCUAGCAGGACUCAACAAGAUCUGAAGGCUCAAUGGUAAAUUUGUUAUUAAUUUCAGUGUCUAAACAAGAAGUGCUUUGCAUCUGGCAGCAAGAUUGUAUGCCACAUUUAGAAGCACAUGUCAUUGCAAUAUGUCAGUCCUAUUGGUUAAAAUAUGGUGAGCAUUAAUGCUGCUUGGGGAGGAAGCUGAGGUAGAAGAGCUGGAUGGCUCAGAGGAAGAACAGAGCAGCACUGUCUGUGUCCCCAGCCUCUGGAUCCUUUGCUGAUGUGGGAUGGUGCAGUGACCCCAAGGCUUUUGCUGGAAUUACUGAGGAUGAUCCUCCAGUUUUUAAUGUAGGAACUCCUCAGUGACCUCCUCUUCACCACACAACAGCUCAGACAGCAGCUGCCUUCUUUUGGCACAGGGGCUGUUCUGCUGAGAAGGCUGUAAGCAGUUUUCCACCCUACAUUUUGGUGUCUUAAAAUGUGUAGGGAAGGAUUUCCAUUCUGGCAGCCUGGUGGGGUGGGCAUCAGUGUUUGUAGUGAACCUUUUUCAAUUAAGGGAACCCUUAGGAUUGUUCAGUCACCUCCUUGGAUUUAUCAACUCUCCUCUGUCUUUCUAGCCAGAUUUUCAAUUCCAUGCUAAAUCCUGAUGACCACUAGUGCCUCUUGGUGUCUUAGAAACAGUUCUAUUAUUAAUAGAGUAACAAUCAUGCAGAAUUGAUUGCUAUCUGAGGGUUAUCAGGGGAGGAGGAAAUGAUUGUAUUUAUGAAGGAAGGUGUGAAAUAUUGGUAAGUUCAUUAUAUUGGUUUAGUUUCUGAAAUUUGCCAAAUUUCCUCAAAGGUGAAAGGGAUUGAACAAGCCAAACUCUUUGUAAUGGUUAUUUUUUUCAACCUUUUCUGGGCAGAUUUGCAUUACAGAGGAAAGAAAGUCCUAAGUCUUUUGAUGGAUGCUUGCAGCUAUGUGAGAAUAUAGUUUUUUGUUUCAAAUUUGAUAAUUUCUUUUUUAUGGGAGCUAAGUGAAGUGGGCCUUUAGAAAGCUGUCUGUGGCAAUCAUAAAAUCUAAUUCUCAAGCAAUGCUCUAGGGAAGAAAUUCUGCGUUCUUAGAAGCUGUUCCCUUACAUUUACAUUCAUUCUGACUGACAUAGUGCUUCAUUUCUUUGAGAUGUAAAUGAAUAGGAACAGUCUUUGAGAAGUCAGAGAGAUUUCAGCGUGGAUUAAAAGUAUUUCUCUCAUUUUCAGAUACUUCUUACUAGCUUUAAAAAGGCUGGUCAGGUCAACAGAAAUUGUAAUGGGUCAAAAAAGACAGUUUGCAUCCCAUAGCUAGAAUAAGUAAUUCCUGAUGUGUCAUCUACAGGAAAACCCCAAAUACAGUUUGGGGGGGAGCUGUAGAAAUCAGCUGAAGAAUUCAAGACAAAUGUUCAAUAAUUUUCACAUUUUACUAGACUCCAAAUGAAUGUCUGCUGAGUGCAUUUUAGCACUCAGUAGAAGAAAAAUUGCUCUUUAGAGGAGCCUGAAAUUUUAAAACAGAGCACACUUAAAUUCUUUUGUUGUUUGGCUGGAAACUGACUUCAGUUCUUCUGCUUAGUGGGUAUCCAACAUCUCUUUUGCUUGUGGGUAAUUCAUGCUUCUACCUUCCCUUCCUUUCCCCAUCCUCUCCUUCCAAGCCACACACCUAAGACAGUGAAUAUUCUGGAUCUGACAGACACAAGAUGAAAGUUUUACAAAUAACAUUUGUUUGGGGGGUUCAUUUUGGCUUUUUUUUUCCUGAGAAUAUGGAUGAUAGAAAAGCAGGAAAAUUCUUAGAACAGAGAGAGAUUAAGUAAAAUCCACCCUCUGAGUGAUGGAGGAGUGAAAGAGAGAGACAGGAAUGCAUUUAAGUAUUAUUAAUGCCUAUUUUAUAAAGGAAGUGGGCUGGAAAAUAGAGCUACAAAUGUCAGUUCUUUAGAGUGAAAUACCAGUGCUUGAAAGAAUUAGAAACACACCCAUUAAAAAGGCAGAGCUCAGCUGUGCUAACUCUUGUCUUCAAACAGCCAAAGAAGGAAUAGCACUAAAGUGUCCAAGGUGAUUUUCUGUGACCCCUCAACACCACCAUGGCAGCUAAUGCUCCUAAAUGGAUUUUUCCAAACAUCCUCCUGUGCUCAGAGGGAGCAGCCAGCCUCUGCAGUUCCUGGUCACUGUGCCAUGCUGCUGUGAGUAAACCUGGAGUAUGUUCAUGAGUGGAGGGGCUGGUGAGCCCUGCAGGAUGAGUAAUUGGGCACCGAGUGGUUACAGCAAUGCUGGCAGCUGAGUAGUGUUAAUCACUGUGAUGACUUUAAUAGCAUUUAAUAGACACUUCUCUCCAUUCAGAGUCAGAUGUGAUACUGCUCUUUUAAAAUGCAUUUCCAGUGCCAUUAACCUUCUGUCAUGAGGAGCCACUAAAAUUUCCACUUUCUUGUUGGAUAUUGGGAAAAGUGCUUCUCUUGUUUUCUGAAUUCUGGAGAUAACUUGGCUGUCAGCACUGGAAAACCUGUGCUCAGCUGAUUGCUUAAAUCAGUUAUUUGGGGUUGAAGCUUCCCUCCCAGGUGAAAAAAAAACCCAAAAAACCAACACCUAAAAACUAACCUAAAAAAGGUGUUUCCAAAACAAGUGGCUAAGAACUUUUGUAAUUGGUAUUUGUAAAUGGCCUUGCAAAAAAGGUACCCAGCAAAUACCCUCCAUCUAUAAAGGGCAUAGACAGUAAAGUCUAAGUUAAUAUUUCAGCUCUACUCUUAGUGCAAAUUUGACUCUGUUGGUUGAACUAUUUGUGUUCUCGUGGAUGCAGGUACUGGAUGUGCAGCACCAGCCAUUGUCUGUUUCUAGUCUUACAGUACUGGAGUAUCAAGCAAAUGCUUUAGGGAGCAGGUGGGGGAUGUUAGCCACAACAGAGCAGGUUGCAGAUGAUUCAUGUAUAAUUUAGCUCUGGUUAAGCCUGAAUUAAAUUUCCCUGCUUAGUUCUAUUACUGCCCCUUUUGCAACUGGGCCUGUGUCUUCAGACAAACUCCUACUAGGAAAAAAUGGUUCAUUCCCCCUUUUUGAGGAGCAAACUCUUCUGAUGAACAAAACGCCACCCAGGAAGGACUGGGGAAGGAGAAAAAUGAGCUUUCAAAUGAAUGUGAAACUGCCCAAUCCACAUAAAGUUAUGUACUCUCCCUAAACACAAAUUUAUAGCAGCUCUGGUUGCAUUUGAGUAGUACCAGAGGGGUUUCUGCCAAGCUCAUC